UCUGCCCUUGGCUGCGGCUGCGCAAUACAGAGGAGGAUGAGCAACAUGGCGACCUUAACUGUGCUGAAGAGGCUGUUUCGUGUAGUCCUGUUCCUGUCGCAGCUGUAUGUUUUCUCCGGUCGUGGAUCCUUGAGUUUUGAGCACCCUCAAGCAAUGGCACAAGCUGUAAAAGACCAGCCUUCCUCUUCCACCAUGGUCCAGAGCAUCAGAGUACUUGAAACGACAGCCAUUCCGGAUUACCUCUUCAGAUGUCCAAGUAAUGGACUUUGCAGCAAAUUGCCAGCAGAUUGUAUGACUUGUAAUACAAAUUACUCUUGUAUCUACGGCAAGUCUGUCACUUUUGACUGUAAAGCCAAACCUCAGGUUAUGUGUGUGGAUGACAACCAUCAAAGACAAGAAAAUUUCACUAUGAACAUGACUUGUCAAUUUUGCUGGCAACUCCCUCCAUCGGAGUAUGAGUGUAGUAAAUCCAAUUCUAGUAUCUGCAUGACUGUAUCCUGUCGGCGGCAGCGUUACAAUGCGACAUGCACAGUAAAGGAUCACGUCCACUGUUUAGGUAACCGCAUAUUUCUUAAGAAGGUGUACUGUAACUGGACAGGAGGCUACAAGUGGUCCACGGCCCUUACUCUCAGCAUCAUCCUUGGAGGCUUUGGGGCGGACCGUUUUUAUUUGGGCCAGUGGAGAGAAGGCCUAGGGAAGCUCUUCAGUUUUGGAGGACUGGGAAUUUGGACUUUAAUUGAUGUGUUUUUAAUUUGCGUUGGAUACGUAGGACCUGCAGAUGGUUCCCUGUAUAUUUGAUAGUUUGGAGCAGGAAACAAAGGGGUACAGCCCAACUGUGUGGUUGAAGGAAUGCAGCCAGUCUACACCCACCUGCAGCAGCCACUAGCUGCACACUUACAGCAUGGUCGCUCAGCCAUUGGUUAAUGUGUGUGGGCGUGGCUUGGCCGCAUGCGGCUAGCUGCACCGUGGGCCAUACUGAAAGAGAACAAGCCUUGGCUUCUCAGAACAUUCAAGCUGCUGUUUGUUCUGCUUGUAUAUUUCUGUAAUGUACGGUAUCUGUACUAUCUCUGCCUUUUCAUUAAGGUUGGCUUUCUCAAGCAAAUUUAACCCCAACUGUAAUCUUUAUUGUAUGGUUUUAUUUUUAUUUUUCUAUGAAAAAUGCUGUACUUUUUGUUAUGCUGACAUGUGCUAUAUACUGUAAAAUAUCUUAUGCUUUGCUGAGCUGAAUAAUUGAUUGUGUUCUACCCACUGUCGCCACUAGGGGCUGAUCUGUGCGGCUCCUAUUUAUGCCUCAUUUACAUGUCCGUGAUGAGAUCCGUGAAGGAUCCAUGUUUGGUCUAGGUGUCUGUUUUUUGAUGGACCCAUAGACUAUAAUGGACAGGGUCGAUCCGUAAACACAUAAAAUGGGGCAUGCUUCCGUGCUAAAACCACGGAUCCACAGAACAUGCUGAAACACUGAUAUGUGAAUGCACACAAUCAAAUGAAUGGGGACGUGUUCUGUCCGUGAAUCCCUGACAGGUGAAUGAGGCCUUAGGUUAACCAUGGCUGGUGAUUUUACUGUGCAUGUGGAAUCAAUUACACAAUUUAUGCUGCCUUUUUUUGUGUGUUUUUUUUUUUUUUUAUUUAGUGGCGGAUACACUUAAAGGAGUUGGCUACCGCCCUCCCGGGCAGAUCGGUAGAGGGAAGCAUACUUACCUGCUCCCCAGCUCCUUCACUCCCCUGCCUCUGCUGCCUUGCUCAGGUCCCCUGCUGUCAACACCUGCUUUGAUGCUGCUGCUGCAGACAAUCGCUGGCUGCAGCAGUGACUUCCGUCACAUGACCAAUUGACAUGACUCGAGGGAAGCAAGUCACUGCUGUGGCCAGCGAUUGCCGGCAGCAGUGUCAAAGCAAAUGUUGACAGUGGUAGACCGGAGCGAGGUGGCUGGGGAGCAAAGGAACUGGGACCCAGCGUCUACAGCAGGCAAGCAUGCUUCCUUUUGUUGGUUUGCCAUAAGGUGGCCAACCCUUUUUAAAAGCCUAUUCUUUGCCCUUCUUAACAUCAUGUUAACAAUUUAUCACAAGCAUUUGCUUUUAUGGGGCGGUUUGGGCUGUUGUCAUUGGCUCCAUUUUACGGGUUUAAUCAGCAAUACCACAAGUUUCUAUGAAUUCACUCUCCCCUGUAGCCAAUCAGGCCCUCAGUACUUACAAAGGACACAUGUAAGUAAAUGUUAUAACAUGUAAAGAAAGUGACAAA